AUGCCCGGCAGAGUCCGCAGUCUCCUCAGAGCCACCUGGCUUCUCUUGUUUUUCUCAUGCGUCCUUGGAUCGUUGGUCGUGGAGGACGAGCUCCACGAAGGCGAGGCAUCCAUUCUUGACUCGGUCUUCUCGCUGUCGGUUCACGACCGCAGCCUCGUUGCCGAAGACGUCUCGGCCAACUCCAUCCUGUCCCAGCACAAGCAUCAUGGCCCGGAGAGCCACUUCAAGAAGUUUUCCGAGAUGACGCUGGCCUAUGUGACUCCGUGGAACAACCAUGGAUACGACGUCGUCAAGAUAUUCAGAGGCAAGUUCACCCACGUCAGCCCUGUCUGGUACUAUCUUAAGCCCAGACCCAACCAUCAGUAUGUUCUUGAAGGCGGCCACGACUACGACAAGGGCUGGAUCGACGAAGUGCGGUUCUUUGAUCCAAUCGAGAACGCGGGAUCAGCAGCCAAGAUAGUUCCUCGAGUGCAGUUCAGCGAGUGGACUCGCGAUGAGUUUAUCCACAUCCUGAACGACGCCGAUGCAGCGCAGCGGGUCGUGAAUCUGAUGGUCGAAGAGGCUCUUGACAAGGACUACGAUGGACUUGUCCUGGAGAUGGGCGGUGUCGCCCGAUACUUCAAGGGGAUCAUCCGUCACCUGGCCGACCGCUUGCACGAAUCGUCAAAGUCCUUAAUCUUGGUCAUCCCCCCGUAUUUCCCGGAUGACGCCCAUGUUGGCUUCAGCAACGACGAUUACAGCGAUCUCGUCGAUGCCGUGGAUGGCUUCUCGCUGAUGACCUACGACUACGGCAAUCGCAUGGGACCUGGCCCGAACUCGCCCAUCGAAUGGGUCCAGGCAAACAUCCGAUAUCUAUGUCCCGAUGGUGACGACCGACACAAGCUGCUCGUUGGAUUGAACAUGUACGGCUCGGACUACACCUCGUCUGAAGGCGAGGCCGUGAUCGCAUCCCAGUAUCUCGAGCUUCUCGAGAAGCACAAUCCAUCCAUUGUCUGGAGCGAGGAUGACGCCGAGCAUUACUUCAACUACCACGACCAAAAGGGCACGCACAUGGUCUGGUACCCAACUUUGAAGUCCAUCCACGAUCGCAUUGCCCUUGCUGAGGAGUAUGGCACCGGCCUGUCGUUCUGGGAAGUUGGUCAGGGCCUGGACUACUUUUACGACUUGCUCUGA